AUGUUAUUAUUAGUUUUUAGUAAAUUGUUUUUGCUCAUUUUUGUUAUUUGCUUUGCAGGUACUAUACCUCGUCGAUUUGAGUGCUUUUCGUGUAUGUCAUUAAGUUAUCAGGAACGUUGGGAACACUUGCAAUAUAUUUAUACUGCACCUAAGGUAUUUACAAAUAGAUGCAACGAACCACAACUUUCAAAUCAUAUUCCAACGAUUAUUUGUUCAACUAUGUGUGUAAACUUGCUUGAACCUGAUGUUGAAGCUGGUUUGUUAGCAGCUAUUUUAACAAUUAGUAUGAAUAGAGUAGAUAUUUCUGAUUUGAAUAAUCAUUUGCAGAUCGAUCAGUGCCGUAAUCUACCCCGGGCACAUUUGUAUAAUUUGGAUCGUAAGCAACCUCAUCCAAUUUUUGGUGAUGUACAGCUGUGCACAUGCCAUGGAGAUCGUUGUAAUGGUUCAUCAAAUGCAAUCAAAGAUUCGAAUUACAAUAUUGCGUUAUUAUUGAUCUGUCUUACGGCCUUGUUAAGGAUAUGUAACAGUAACAAUAGUUAA